AAAAAAAACAGAAAUGUCGUUCAGAUGAUUGACCUGCAUUUUGAAAUCGAUGCAAUUGCGAAAACGGAUUGACGGCGUUUUAUGCAUCGAAAAUACAUUCGUUUCGAUUUUUUUCCCGAAGGUUUCGGCAAAAAAUGAAAACGGUCUGUAGAAUACAGUGUAACGAACAACGCAACGGUGUAACCAACAAAAUGUUUGUACGUUUGAGACGUUCCAUUUUCAUUGGGUUCAGUGUUUUUGUGGUUGUAAUCACCAUUAUUCUCAUUGGAAAAAUUCAUAACGAUAUCAGAUUCACUAGUGAUUAUUUACUGACACCGAAAUUCGACCUAGCAACCAAUUUCCAGCCAAACAUUGCUGAAUGUCAGCGAAAACUAAGUUUCAAUUUUCUGACGCAAACAAUUUGCCCGGUGAAAGAUUUGUACCACGACUUGCAGGAUGCCAUUGAGUAUAUAGAGUCAAAGGAACCGCCACAAACGGAUUCGCAAUCAGAAAAAGUCGUAACGUUGUCGGAUUUUUUCUCCAUUGGCUCAAAAGAAGAGCUGACAGUUUUGGAUAAAUUUAAUCUGGCAAUAAAACAAACUGAACUGUAUUCCGCGAAUUCAACGUUGGUUGAUGAGCUUUUGCAUGAUAUGUCCACACGGAAAAUUGUACGCGUUUAUGAAAAGAACGGCGGCACACAGAUCAAAUUCAGAAUUAUAUUCGACAAUGGAAUGUUUGCAAUAGCUAAGCCGAUGAGGUUCCCACGGGAUUGGGAAAUCUUUCCGAACCAAAUACAAUACGCUGAAUUUGAACGACACACGGCUGAAAUCGCAGCUUAUCAUUUGGAUCGAAUCUUGGGAUUUCGUCGCACGAUGCCCGUCAUUGGUCGAAUACUUAAUGUGACAUCUGAAAUAUUCGAAAUUGCAAAUCGAAAUCUAACAAAUACCUUUUUUAUGUCACCCGAACCAGAGCAUAAUUACUGUUUUUAUGGUACAUGCAAACAAUACUGUAGUAUUCACCAUCCGGUUUGCGCUAACGGGGACUUGAUUGAAACUGCAUUCAUCGCAUAUCUUCCAUUUUACUUUGAUGCUGAAGUUGUGGAAUAUCAGCACCCUUGGAGAAAAUCAUAUGACCGGAAAAGGAAAGCCAUUUGGGAACGAGAUCCAAAGUAUUGUGAUAGGGUUAAAAGGUGGGAAGAAUAUAAAGAGGGACGACGAUUACUUGAUCUUAUGGAUUUGAGCCUUUUCGAUUUUUUAACCGGGAACAAGGAUCGGCACCACUAUGCAGUGCUUAAAUCUUUUGGCAAAGACACAUUCUUCCUCAAUUAUGACAAUGGAAGAGCUUUUGGUCGUUCUUACUACGAUGAAAUAAUGAAUUUAAUGCCGCUUUCGCAGUGCUGUGUCAUACGAUCGUCUACACUCAAAACACUUUUAAGUUUUCACAAUGGGCCAAAGCCAUUAUCGCAACUGAUGAGAGAAUCAAUGGCAUCCGAUCCACUUGAUGCCCUAGCACCCGUUUUAUGGGAACCACAUUUAGAAGCAUUGGAUCGACGUGUCGAUUUAAUUUUGAGUACAUUUCGAAAGUGCAUCAAAACCAGUCCCAUUGAUGACGUGAUUUAUUCUCGCGACAAUUUUGGAGUGAAAUCACUCGAUUCCACGCAAGAUUUCUAAAGAUAUAAACAAAAUUAUUCAUUGAAAUAAAUCUGUUAUUUGAACAGUUUGUCGUCGUCGCGAGCGCGUCAAAAAAAAACAAAAUACUCUUUCAUCCAUUUAUUUCACAGAUGUUUUAACUUAUUCAUAGGUUUA